UUUACCGUUGCUAAGUAACUACUAAGCUUCUAUCUGUCCCAUGUUGUUUUGCAGUUCCUCAAUCUUCUUAUCGAGAAUACACAAAGUUGCAAGCAGUUUGUUGUUGUUAAAACGGCCCAUUUGAAGUCAUGGCAGCUAUUAAAGACGGAGAGUACACAGCUACAAUCUACAAACUGAUUAAAGACGGCCUAUAUGUAGAGGCAAUUAACAUCCUAAACGUUCAGCUUCAAAAACACACAAAGUCCAGGGCAGCACUGUCUCUGCUGGGUUACUGCUACUAUCACAUCCAGGACUUCACCAGUGCUGCAGAGUGCUAUGAGCAGCUCACACAGCUGCACCCAGAUGUGGAGGAGUACAAGGUGUACUAUGCACAGUCCCUGUACAAUGCUGGUGCUUAUCCUGAAGCCACCAAGGCUUCCUUCUUAUUAGACAACCCCAGCAGUCACACCAAGAUGGUCAAGCUGAAAGCCUGUAUAAAAUAUUGUGAGGAAGAUUACUCCACCGCCAAGUCACUGUUGGAGCAGUUGCCCCCGGAUGACCCAGACUAUGUCUACAAUGUGGGCUGCUUACUGUACCAGGACGAGCAGUACGAGGAGGCCUGCAAGAAGUUCAUGUCUGCCAUGCAGGUGCUGGGAUAUGUUCCAGCAUUAUCUUACAACAUUGCCCUGUGUUACUACAGCCUGAAAAACUACAGUCAGGCCCUUAAAUACAUUGAAAAGAUCAUAGAACGUGGCAUCAGGGAACAUCCAGAGCUGAGUGUUGGGAUGACGACUGAGGGCAUUGACGUCCACAGCGUGGGCAACACGUUGGUGCUGCAUCAGACAGCCCUGAUCGAAGCCUUCAACCUCAAAGCUGCUGUUGAAUACCAGCUGAAGAACUUGAAAGGAGCUCAGGAAGCUCUGACAGACAUGCCCCCGAGAUCAGAGGAGGAGCUGGACUCAGUGACACUCCACAACCAGGCUCUGUUGAACAUGGACACAAAGCCAUCGGAGGGUUUUGAGAAGCUGGCCUUCCUGCUGCAGCAGCCCACCUUCCCCCCCGUCACCUUCGGAAACCUGCUGCUGCUCUACUGCAAACAUGAGUACUUUGACCUGGCAGCUGAUGUCCUGGCAGAAAACGCCCAUCUCACCUACAAACUCCUCUCCCCUUACCUGUAUGAGUUCCUUGAUGCCUUGUUGACCUGCCAGACAGCACCAGAGGAGGCUUUUAGGAAGUUUGAUGAGAUGAACGCCAGACUAACUGAGCAGCUGCGUAAGCUGGCCAAGCAGGUGCAGGAGGCCCGGCUCGCUCGAGAUGAUGAAACACAGAAGAAAGCCCUGCAGGAAUAUGACCUGAUGCAGGAGAAGUACAUUGUGGUCCUGAUGGCCCAGGCCAAGAUCUACUGGAAUCGUGAGAACUUCCAAAUGGUGGAAAAGCUCUUCCGCAAGUCGGUGGAAGUUUGUAAUGAGGAUGACACCUGGAAGCUGAACGUGGCCCACGUGCUCUUCAUGCAGAACAAGUACAAGGAAGCCAUCGGCUUCUACGAACCCAUCGUCAAGAAGCACUACGAUAAUAUGGAGCAGUGUAACAUUCAGGAGUGUCCCUGCAAGUGCGGACCCUCGAUCCUGAAUGUUAGCGCCGUGGUCCUGGCCAACCUGUGUGUGUCCUACAUCAUGACCAGCCAGAAUGAAGAGGCUGAAGAGCUGAUGAGGAAGAUUGAGAAAGAGGAGGAGCACAUCUCUUAUGACGACCCAGAGAAGAAAGUCUUCCACCUCUGCAUCGUCAACCUGGUCAUCGGGACGCUGUACUGUGCUAAAGGGAAUUACGAGUUUGGCAUCUCUCGCAUCAUCAAGAGCCUGGAGCCGUACAAUAAGAAGCUGGGGACAGACACAUGGUUCUACUCCAAGCGUUGUUUCCUGUCUCUGCUGGAGAACAUGUCCAGACACCUGGUCGUCCUGACAGAUGCUGUAUUACAGGAGUGUGUUCAGUUUCUGGAGCACUGUGAGGUGUAUGGUAAAGACGUGCCAGCCAUCAUCGAGCAGCCACUGGAGGAGAGCCACAUUCACAUUGGGAAGAACACUGUCACCUACGAAGCUCGACUACUCAAGGCACUGUUCUACGAGGUCACCGGCUGGAACAAGUGACUUCAUCACACGAGGGACAAUUACGUCCUCAGCUCCACAUCAGAGUCUUAAGAGCACAAAUAUAAGAGGAGAUGGACAUUUUCACUACUUCUCAAUGUUAAAGAGGAUGAAAAUGAUAUUCAGGCUUUGUUUUAUUAGUUGUGUUUAUUUUGCUAACACAAAAUACAUGAUAACAGUUUCUACUGUAUGUUGUAUUUUAAGUUCAUUCACAAAUAUUCAUUGGUUCAUGCAGAUCUUCUUUAGUCAGUGCUGGUUGUACAGCCA